UGGCCAUGGUGGAGGUUAUGAUGGACGCUCUGUCCCUCCCUACCCAUUCCCUCAAGGUGCAUACCCUCCACCCAUGGCUGGAGGUGUGCCUCCUCCUUGGCCCCCAAUAAUGGAUAACUCUAAACCGUGGGACUACUAUUCCCGUCGAGACGACAAGAGAGAGAAGGAGAGAGAAAGACCCCGGGAGAGGACGCAUGAGCGGGAGAGAGAAAGGGAGCACAGUCCCUCAGCAAUGGGCUACACCAGCGACGAGGAGCGGUAUCGUUACCGCGAGUACCAGGAGCGCAGUUAUGGAGAGCGCCACCGUGACCGGUCGAGCCGAGAGAAAGAGGACAGACACAGGGACAGACGGCACCGAGAGAAAGAGGAGGGACGCCACAAGUCCUCUCGCAGGUAUGUCCACUCACAUGGAACUUACCUCUUAGAAAAAUAAAGAGUUUGAAUAAAC